UGAUUUGAAUAUCCCCUCCCCUCUCCCAUCUGUUAAAUGAGCAGUGAACACUAUUGCUCUAUGAGAAAGAAGGAAACUCAGAUUCAUUCACACUGGAUUUCUUGACGAUCUGCUUCAACAUGAAGACCCUUCCUGUCAGUUUGCUCCUGGUGCUGUUUACCUGGACUGUGUGUGUGUGGGCUGACAGGGGAAGACAGAAGCGUGCAUGGAUCAUCGAGUCUUUCACGAUUGAGGAAGAAAACCCUGGUCCAUUUCCAUAUAAACUAGGCAAGAUUGAAUUUGAAAGGUAUUAUUUAGUCAGAUACGAGCUAAAGGGUCAGGGUGUGGAUUUAGAGCCAAAGGGUAUUCUCGAUAUUAAUAACGAAGGAUAUGUUUUAGUAUAUGGUAAGGUGGACUUUGAAAAUAAACAAGGAGUGAAAGUUCUCAAAUUGACAUUUGAAGCAAGAGACAAGUCAAACAAUGAAGUGGAAACAAGACUCGGGGUUCAUAUCCAAAUAUUGGACAUAAAUGAUCACGCUCCAAAAUUUCAGCAGUCGGUCUACCAAGUGACUGUGGAUGAGUCAGAUCCUCAAGGUAAAGAUGUACUGACAGUACUAGCAUUUGAUGAAGAUGAUUCGAGUACAAACAAUGGAACAUUUGAUUUAACAAUCAAGUCUUUCACACCAAAAACGGAUAAUGUUGAAUUUUAUAUUCAGCAGCAAAAAGGACAAAGUUCUGGGACAGUUUAUUUUAGAGGGUGUUUGGACUAUGAGAAAGCUCAGAAAUACACAAUCCUGGUUGAAGCAAAGGACAAAGGGGAAAAGAUACAAUUGUCGAGUACAAGUACAGUGAUAAUCAAUAUUUUGGAUGAAAACAACAAUCUUCCAGGUUUCUCUGGCAAAACAGGAUCUGGGAAGGUCAAGGAGCGAGAAACUGGAGUUGAAGUUCUGCGACUGCAAGUAACAGACAAAGACACAUAUGGUUCAAAAGCCUGGAAAGCCAAAUACACUAUCUAUGGAGAUAAAAAAGAGCAGUUCAAAAUUGAAACAGAUCCUAAUACAAACGAGGGGAUUUUAACCAAAUGGACUAUGAGGAGCAAGCAUACCAAAAUCUAUCCAUCAGUGUGCAGAACGAAAUUCCUUACUUUUCAUGUAAGGUCAAAAAGCAAGUACCGAAUGCUAUGUGGGAGCUCGACAAAAUACCCCAAAACUCUGGCAUGAGUGUUGAAAACCUCUAUAAUACCAUUCCAGUGACCAUUAAUGUUGAAGAUGUCAACGACCCUCCAGUAUUUACACCCUCUGUUAAACACGUUCACAUAAUGGAGAACAUAGCAGCAGGAACAAGUCUUGCAACCUUCACUGCUAAAGACAUGGAUGGAAGCCAUAUAAACACAUUUAGAUUUGUUAAAGGUGAAGAUAUUGAUGGGUGGAUAACUGUUGAUGCAAAGACUGGACUAGUAUCCACAAGUAAAAUUCUAGACAGAGAGUCGCCAUUUGGUAUAAACAGCACCUACAGAGCAACCCUAUAUGCUGUGGAUGAUGGUGUCCCACCCCUGACAGGGACUGGAACUCUAUUUAUUCACCUGAAUGAUCAAAAUGAUAACGUACCAAUGUUGGAAGUGAACGCAGUCAACAUGUGUCUGGAUACUGAGCCCACAGUGGCCAAAAUCACAGCUGUAGACCUGGACCUUCCUCCACAUAGUUCACCUUUUCACUAUGAGCUUUUAGGAGAUGUUAAGGACAAAUGGAGAGUUGAACCAAACUAUGGCACAACAGUGAGUCUUGUAAAAGAACACAGUGUGUAUUCAGGUCAUCACCUCCUACAGAUCAAAAUAUUAGACCAGCAGGGAUUGUCCUCCAUCCAAAACCUGUCUGUCACAGUGUGUGACUGCUCUAUCGCUCCCAACUGCCAUGUCAGGAUGGCUCGGAUGGCUCAAAUGGGACCUGCUGCAGCCUGGAUUGUUGUUCUUACAGUUCUGAUCUUCAUUGCAAUGUGCUUAAUGGUCCUUCUGAUCUCCUGCAAGGCAGAUAAAAAAAUUAUUGAAAUGGACGAUGGCGUUGGUUGUCUCAUCAAAACAAAUACAGAAAAUCCAGGAACAGACUGCAUGGAUGUCUUCAUAAAGGUUCCUUCCAGUAUAGGCAUUCAGAAAACAGAUUCUUCCAUCGUAAAUACUUGCAUAAAUGUGUCUACAAAUGUAAAUUCAAGCCAGACGGUCACAUCACAAACCGUGAUACAUAAAAAACAGGAGGCUGUACAGCCAGUCUUCACCGAUCAGAUGUUCAGACGCUCAAUACAUAGAAGUUCCACAAGAAGUUCAUACAGAGAAAAUUUCAAACGAUCGAGUAUCAGAUCAAGGGCUUUUUACGGCAAUGUGGCUUCCCUGAGCAACAACCUUGCUGUUGUGAUCAACAAGAAACUACUUGCCCUCCAAACCCGUGAUGAGGAGUUUGUUGUUUAUGAGCCGCACUGCUACGCAGAUGAAGGACAAGCUAUGGACAAUGCCGAACUGGAUGCCCUCUCUAUUCCAGAGAAUGAAUUUCAUUCAGAGAUGCUUAUCAAUCUGGACAACAGGUUCAGUCAACUAGCAAAAAUUUCCAGACCUCACCUGAUGCAAAGUUAACAGUUAUCUCAAGAAGUGUAGCAGAUCUUUUGAAAACGAGAUACUGAAUGAAAACAUGAAAUCAAAAACAUUAAUACAGAAUAUUGGAAGAUAAGGGAUGCUGGGUUAAACAUUCAGGACAAAUGGUUCUUCAAAGAUUUUUCUACUGUAUAAUAGUGUUAUUGUUUUAGGUACUGUAAGCUCAGUUUUUGGGUUUUGGGUCAGUGUAAAUUAAUGUUUUGAAGUGACCGUCAGCUCUAUAAUAAUAUAAUUCAGAUAUAAAAUAUAUAA